AGAAAGGCAAUUCAACGGCGUGAGAUCUGAUAAUCUAUGGGAGAGUUUUGCUUUCCGUCGCCUAUAUAUUUACAUGGGUAGUUGAUAGUCUGGAGGAGUCUGUUCCAUUUUCUUCCAUUGAUUCGAAACUUGCAGAGGUUUCUUCUUACUGUUCAUUUUUAGAGUUAGCGAGCAGAAAGUAAAGAGAAUGGGGAGUUCAGGCGUUAACUUCAAGUUGACGGAUCAUCCAAAGCUCUCUAAGGAUAAGAUCGUGGCUAUGGUUGUUUUGGACGGCUGGGGUGAAGCCAGUCCUGAUGAAUACAACUGCAUCCAUGUCGCCGAGACGCCCACCAUGGAUUCCCUCAAGAAGGGUGCUCCUGAAAGAUGGAGGUUAGUCAGAGCUCAUGGUACUGCAGUAGGACUCCCAACCGAGGAUGAUAUGGGCAACAGUGAAGUUGGUCAUAACGCACUUGGUGCUGGGCGAAUUUUCGCUCAGGGGGCAAAGCUCGUCGACUCUGCACUUGCUACCGGAAAGAUUUAUGAAGGAGAAGGUUUUAAGUAUAUCAAGGAAUCUUUUGAAACUAACACAUUGCAUCUCAUUGGGUUAUUGAGUGAUGGUGGAGUUCAUUCCAGGCUAGAUCAAGUGCAGUUGCUGCUUAAAGGUGCUAGUGAGAAUGGCGCAAAAAAAAUUCGCCUCCACAUACUUACUGAUGGUCGUGAUGUCUUGGAUGGUUCUAGUGUGGGAUUUGUGGAAACUAUUGAAGAUGACCUUGCAAAACUACGUGAGAAAGGUGUUGAUGCACAGAUUGCAUCUGGUGGUGGUCGUAUGUAUGUCACAAUGGAUCGUUAUGAGAAUGAUUGGGAGGUCGUUAAAAGAGGGUGGGAUGCCCAAGUUCUUGGUGAAGCUCCUUACAAAUUCACGAAUGCUCUUGAAGCUGUCAAGAAAUUGAGACAGGAGCCCAAUACCAGUGACCAGUACCUCCCCCCUUUUGUAAUUGUUGAUGAGAGUGGAAAGCCUGUAGGGCCAAUAGUGGAUGGUGAUGCUGUUGUUACUUUCAACUUCCGAGCUGAUCGGAUGGUUAUGAUUGCAAAGGCACUUGAAUAUGAAGAUUUUGACAAAUUUGAUAGAGUUAGGUUCCCUAAAAUUCGUUAUGCUGGUAUGCUUCAGUAUGAUGGUGAGCUGAAGCUUCCGAACCAUUACCUUGUUUCUCCUCCUGAAAUAGAGAGAACAUCUGGUGAAUAUCUAGUGCACAAUGGUGUCCGCACUUUUGCCUGCAGUGAGACUGUUAAAUUCGGUCAUGUCACUUUCUUCUGGAAUGGAAACCGCUCUGGAUAUUUUAACCCUGAGAUGGAAGAAUAUGUUGAAAUUCCAAGUGAUAGCGGAAUCACAUUUAAUGUCCAACCACUCAUGAAGGCUGUGGAAAUUGCUGAGAAGGCAAGGGAUGCUAUACUUAGCCGGAAAUUCCAACAGGUUCGUGUCAACUUGCCAAAUGGUGACAUGGUGGGACAUACAGGUGAUAUUGCGGCUACAGUUGUGGCUUGCAAGGCUGCUGAUGAGGCUGUUAAGAUUAUCCUUGAUGCAAUAGAGCAAGUUGGUGGAAUUUAUGUUGUCACUGCAGAUCACGGAAAUGCUGAAGACAUGGUGAAAAGAAAUAAGUCUGGGAAACCUCAACUUGACAAGAAUGGGAAAAUCCAAAUUCUCACUUCUCACACCCUUGAACCUGUGCCAAUUGCAAUUGGAGGCCCAGGACUAGCACCUGGUGUUAGGUUCCGCAAUGAUGUUCCUGAUGGGGGGCUAGCUAAUGUGGCUGCGACUGUCAUGAAUCUGCAUGGAUUUGAGGCACCUAGCGACUACGAGCCCACUUUGAUUGAGGUGGUUGAUAACUAAGGCAAGAAAGAAAGAAAGAAUGACUCGAGGUUUUAAUAAUAUUUUUUCCAAAUUUUGACUCAAUUUAAAGCCAUACAUAGGAGGCUGUGGAUUAUGGAAAACGCUAGCCUGGUUUAAUAAGUUGAGAAAACUUUUAUUAUUUGCUGUUAUGAUGUUACUUUCUCAUAGCUGUCUUUGGAGACUGACAGAACAAAGAUAAAAUAUAAUCCGAUAUGUGUUCACCUUGUUUUGUUA